GCUCCAACAAACUAGAGUACAUAAACCAGUGCCCCUCCUACUAACAUGGUAACUUCAUCACCCAAUCUUAUUCAAAACCAGCUAUACUACCCACCGAAGGCUUCUCAAUACCUUUCACAUGUUGUUCAGGAUACUCGCCCUCUUCGCAGUGACAGUGUUAGCCACACUCAACGAUGUUACAAACCAGGGUACACCCGCCGUUAAGACCGUAACCACUUGGGAAACUGUCACCGGAUCUCCAGUUACCACGGCUGUUACCAAAACCGUGACGCCAGAUUCAAGUGGAAAUGCCACUAGCCUUUCCUGGAAUUAUUUGACGUCGACGCCGUUAUCGUUCUCUAUCUCCUCGUCUUCCUCGUCGUCGACGGGGACAAGUACGUCCGAGUCGAGUGCUGCAUCGACCGCCUCAGAGAGCUCUUCUGUGUCAACUGGGGGUGCACCUGACAUCACCGGAGGCCUUGCCAUGCGUCUUGCUGGUGCUGCUGGAGCCCUCGGCUUUGCUCUUGCUCUGUAAGAGUCUUAAGAUAGUAAAGAUGUUGAAUGUGAUGGAUGGAAGCUGGAAGAUGUAGCAUGGCUUGCCGAAUUUCGUCGACUAUUCUAUGCCUGGUUC